AUCAAACAAAAAUAUAUAUUUCCUCCCGCAGCAGAGUGUGUUUAAUGUUUUGGUCGUCAGUAAUUCAGCAGAGCUUUGAAAAGGGAAAGAAACAGAUUCCUACUCCUUCGUCUCCGAUUUCAAUGGCACUCGCGAAUUCCAUCUUCUCUCUUUAUUCCUCUUCUUCGGUUGCUCGCCGUCGAUCGAUCGUUCUCGAUCCCGUCUUUGUCGCUCACUCCUCUCAUUUUCACUCAUCUCGCCUCAAGCUCCCUGCGUAUGGAGUUAGAAUCGCUUUCUCCACAAGAAAGAACCUGAUGUACGCUACCAACAAUGGUUUCAAUGCGGCGAGUUCAACAUCAUUGAAAUCUGAACAAGAUGAUGAUUAUGUUCCAAUGCCAAUAGUUUUGAUUGAUCAAGACUCAGAUUCAGAUGCAACGGUUGUGCAACUCAGCUUUGGAGACCGUUUGGGUGCUCUCAUUGACACGAUGAAAGCAUUGAAAGAAUUGGGAUUGGAUGUAGCCAAGGGAACUGUUUCAACUGAAGGAUCUGUCAAACAAACUAAAUUCUUCAUUACACACUUGGACACUGGACGCAAAGUUGAAGAUCCAGAUAUGUUGGAGAGAAUUCGACUAACCAUCAUUAAUAAUCUCUUAAAGUACCAUCCAGAAUCUAGUGAGCAACUUGCCAUGGGUGAGGCUUUUGGAAUAAAGGCUCCAGAGAAGAAGCUUGAUAUCGAUAUUGCAACUCAUGUGCAUGUCAAGAAAGAUGGACCCAAGAAGAGCCUGCUUUGUGUAGAGACAGCAGAUCGACCUGGAUUGCUGGUUGAGAUCAUCAAAAUCAUUGCUGAUAUCAAUAUUGAUGUGGAAUCUGCAGAGAUUGAUACAGAAGGAUUGGUGGCUAAAGAUAAGUUUCAUGUUAGCUACAGAGGACAAGCAUUAAACAGAUCUUUGUCAGAGGUGCUUGUGAAUUGCCUGCGUUACUACCUUAGAAGGCCAGAAACUGACAUUGACAGCUAUUGAUACCCCAAAUCCAAGUACUCCUCAUGCUGUAAGACCAAUGUAACGGAUCUGUACCAACUCAUCUUUGAGCUCAAACUUCUUUAGUUGUAUCUUCUCGAAGUUUUUGAGUCCAGUCUCCCUCAACUGCAUUCUAGGACGUAUUGGAACGAAAACUUUGCGACUGUUUCCCAUUGUUUACCCUGAAAGCUUAAUACCAUUUGACUGAGAACCAUGAUUUUCGAAACUAUCCAUUGUGCUUUGCUACCUGCUGAUAGUUUUUCCCCUGAUAGCUUUUGUUCCACGUUUAUGAUUCGUGAUAAAUAGUCUCUAAGCCACAAUGUAUUCACAUAGGUUUUCUGUUGACUGCUACAGUAUUUUGACAAUAGCUAUUACUUGCCCCUUUUAUGAUAAAAAAUUUUUUUUUUU